GGAUGUUGGUUUGUGUCACCGUUGACAGGGUCAUUCUUGUGUAUUUGCCACUGAAGGCCAAGUCGAUCUGUACCAAAGGGAAUACCACGGUUAACAUAUGCAUCGUUACAUUAUUAAUUAUUGGAGUGAACUGUCACUGGAUUUUUUCAGUGGUGAAAGGUGGGGAAAAUCAAUUUAGUUGUCCUUACCAGGAUGGAUUCAAAGAAUUUCAUGUUAAAUACUGGCCAUGGAUAGAUGCAUCUGUUGCCUCGCUUGGACCGUUCACCAUUCUAAUUGUUUGCAAUAUUUUGAUUGCUGUUCAGUUGUUUAAAGCAGGGCAACUGAGAAAAAGGCGAAUGAACGUCUCUAAUUCGAAGCAAGACAACACAAAGAAAUCGGUGACAAUUAUGCUCGUGACAAUAUCCGUUGUGUUUCUCUGUUUGACAUCACCAAUCGUGUUCGAAGUCAUGAGAAAGCUAGCCAGACGAAAUAACGAGGAGGAAGUCCCGACAUUGGCUGAAAGGGCACGCGAAACUCUCUUCUGGGUUAUUGUGAACAUGCUGAUGUAUCUUAACAGCGCUGUGAACUUCGUUAUGUACUGCCUGAGUGGAACGAAAUUUCGUGAAUCGAUGCGAGAAUUAUUCUUAGGAAAGAAGACAAUCUUCAGGAAUACGAAUUCGUUAAGAGGUAGCAUAAGUCAGAGCGGGAUUCGAAGGCGAUCAACCGCAACAUUCCAAUACCCAGAAGUUGACCAAGCCUCGGGAUUUCAAAGUAAGUUGUAUUUAUAAAAGUUCUAGUAUUUUGCUCGGUGGAUCUAAGAAAGACAGGUAGUUUGUAUCGUCAUCAAAACUUCACUUCAAUCAUGGCCAAUUGCUUCUAAGGAGGUCGAGCUCUAUGGCAGUACAAGA